GGCCAAACAAAGAUGGCGGCGCCUGAGGCGGCAGGGCCCAUCUCGCGCAGCGCCGCCUGAAGCCCAGCCCAGCCGCAGCAUGUCGGGGCAGGACGAGCGCGAGCCCGGCGGGGGGGCGGCUGCCGCCGUCGUGGCCGCGGGCGCCGGGGGCCCGCUGGCGCUGGGGGAGGCGGCGGGGCCCGGCCCGGGCGGUGCGGAGGAGCCGGGGCCGCCGCUCGGGGCUGGCGGGGCGGGAGCGGGCGGCGGCGGCGGCCGGCAGGGGCAGCCCGAGCCCGGCGGCGACCGAGACUCCGACGCGCCGCCCAAGAAGCGACUCAAGCUGCCGGGCGGGGCUGAGGGCGGCGGCGGCGGCGGCGGCGUCAAGCUGGAGGAGCGGCUCUACUCGGUGCUGUGCUGCACGGUGUGCCUCGAUCUGCCCAAGGCCUCCGUCUACCAGUGUACAAAUGGUCACUUGAUGUGUGCUGGGUGUUUCAUCCACCUACUGGCAGAUGCCCGGCUGAAGGAGGAACAGGCUACAUGUCCCAACUGUCGCUGUGAGAUCAGCAAAAGCCUAUGCUGCCGAAAUCUUGCCGUCGAAAAAGCAGUGAGCGAGCUGCCGUCAGAAUGUGGCUUCUGCAUGCGGCAGUUUCCUCGCUCUCUUCUGGAAAGACACCAGAAAGAAGAAUGCCAGGACAGGGUCUCUCGGUGCAAGUACAAGCGGAUUGGAUGCCCAUGGCAGGGUCCUUACCAUGAGCUGACAGUACACGAGGCAGAAUGCACCCACCCAACCAAGACUGGGAAUGAGCUGAUGGAGAUUUUGGAUGAAAUGGACCAAACGCAUAAAAAGGAGAUGCAGCUGUACAACAGCAUCUUUGGCCUACUCAGCUUUGAAAAGAUUGGCUAUACAGAGGUUCAGUUCCGUCCUUACCGAACCGAUGACUUCAUCACACGCCUCUACUACGAAACUCCAAGGUUCACGGUGCUGAACCAGAACUGGGUCUUGAAGGCCCGGGUUAACGACUCAGAGCGCAACCCCAACUUGUCGUGUAAGCGGACCCUCUCCUUCCAGCUCAUUCUGAAGAGUAAGAUCAACUCCGCCAUGGAGUGCUCUUUCCUGCUGCUCAAGGGACCUUACGACGACGUGAAAAUCAACCCUGUGAUCUAUCACUUUGUCUUUACCAACGAGAACAACGAAACAGACUACGUGCCGCUCCCCAUCAUAGACUCUGUGGAAUGUAACAAAUUGCUGGCAGCCAAGAACAUCAACUUGCGUCUCUUUAUAUUCCAGAUACAGAAGUAAGCAUAAAGCUACGCUUGGAUUUUCCAGGCCUGACCGAGAGAGGGGGGGGGGGGGGAGAGGAAGAGAGAGAGCACCACUGAACCAGAGUUACCUCGUAUGGCUGCCUCGGCCCCUUCAUGAUUCCACAAUUAUUUGAUUAUUUUAAAGAGAACGUUUUGCAUGUGUGGUAAGCAACAGCUUCGAGUGGUCUCUGCCUUCCUUGUCUCUCUCCAUCUCUGCCAGAAACAGGUGACUGGGGAGUCGGCUUGAUCCAGGGUACUGACGAAGCCUGAGAGCACCAGGGGGCAAGCUGGCUGCCACCAGUCUCAAUACAUUGUGAAAAGGCUGCAUCUGUGUCAUGGUUGUGUGUGAUUGCCACAACGUCGUGUUGAGGGGGUCGGGGGAAAGGACCUUUGUGCCCUUCCGCCCUCGUGGGCGGCAUUCUGCCUGGAUGGGGACAAGCAUUGUGCGGUAUCUGGGAGUGGUGGGUUCUGUCCUUGCUUUUACUGGAAUAAAAUAAAUGGGGGAUUCUCAAGUAGACAAGACACCUUCAGGGACCCCAAAACAAGGGGAUUUUGCCAGGCUGCUUCUAGCUGGGCUGAAAUGCCACAUUCCAAGGGUAGCAAGUUCUUCAGAGAGCUGCUUUAUGGCUAGUGUGUCAAUUCUUCGCCCAGCUUUUCACUGUGUGGUUGAGUCGGUGACUGGCAUAGAAGCGUUUCAGAUGAAGUCAGAACUCUAGAAGCUUAGUGACGACAAAUGGAUCCUAAAAAGUUGGCAGCCCUUUCUAGGAGGAAGUGCCCCCCCCCCUCGCUGUGGCUUGAAUUGCACUUCACAAUGAAAUAACCCCCAGAUCCCUUUCCAUCGUUCCCAAUGUUGCCCUAUUCAUCCUGUUCUCUCUCUCCCCCGCCCCCCACCCCACCCCAAAGCAGGCGUGAUCCGACAGACUAGACAAGAACGUGCAUAGAACCAACCCAAAUCAGUGCAGACUUCUCGGAAUGCAGGGUGAUUUAUUCUGUCCGUUUUGGGAACUUUCCCAAUACUUUGAAAAUCUUUUUUUUUUCCUUUGUGCAAAUGACUUAACAGGCUCUUCUAGUAAUUAUGCAAUUUUACAAUGUGAUUUUAUGUAUGUAAAAUAAAUAUAUAGCAAGUUUAUGGAUGAGGAUAGUGGGGGCCGUUCACCAAAUUUCAACGAGAUCUACAGGGAUAUUUUGCUUGAUGCUCUUAAACAUAUUUUAAAGUGGGGUGGGGGAGUUGGUGGUGGAUGAAGCCUAGAUGUAUCAUGAGGAACUCAUACAUUAAUACUGUGCAUUCAAGAUUAUUUUCUUCCCUCUCCUUCAUACCUCAUCCCACUUUUUUUUUUAAAAGGAAGCUACAUUUGGUGGUAAUUUACACUUUAUAUGGACUAAACUGGAUCAGGUAUGUUUUGUAAAAUGUAUGAGAAUCUGUGGCAGGUGCUUUCUUCCCUGGAACUUGUGCUGUUAAAGGGUAACAGAAGUUUCUGCUGCCAGCCUUCAUGUCCCUCCUUUUCCCCUUCAACCUCCAAUCGUAAUAGACGUGGUGAACAAGCAUAUUAAAAAAAAUUUAGAAACCUGAGUGUGAGUCUGUGGUGGCCCUGGGAGUAGACAGGCCUGUCCAACUGUGAUCCAUAUGUGCAGCCCACCAGCCAUGGUAUGUGCCAUGCCAAGUGCUUGACACCCCUUUUGUGUCUGACUGGGCUAUGUUCAUAAAAAGCAAAGUGUGCCAGUAUUACUACAAGAGAGGUCUGGUAAACUAUUUAGCAGGGUGUCGCUGGGAUGUUCCAGCCCCUGGCAUUUUCAUGGCUUUGUGAGGGUUGGCUUGCCUGGCUGUCCUUUAGUCCUCUCAGAUGCAGCCCCUGGCCUCAGAACCUUGACGAUAGAACUUCUGCUUUUAGUAGGAGUGGGAUACGUGGGUUUCCUUGACUUGAGUUGUAAGAUAAACAGCUGUAUGCUUCAAGGAAGAACGUAUCAACCAUACAUGCAGCUGUUUCCUUUGGUGAUGAUUGCCGAAUUAGGGAGAGUUUAUUAUUGGGCCAGGUUAGUCAAAGUCCCAAAUGCGUGCAUAUCUAAAACCUCUUGCCCUGAGAUCUUUAAUCGCAAUGACUCUGAACCAAGAACUACCUCUCAGUCUUUAUGAAGUAAACUGUGUUACGUUCAUAUGACUUUUCCUAAGAGGUUCUUCCUCGUACCUGAUGGCCUGCAGGAAUGCCCUUUUCAAAUGACCUCUGGAGAAGAGCACACUUGUUUGAAAUGGCUGAGAGCAGGGUUAUGUCUGGCUGGCCCAGAGCCAUCUUCCUUGUAUUUGGGAAUGCAAGCCACCACAGAGCACCUUGGAAUCAAGAUACGACCCCUGGGCUGAAGCACACACGCUGCACAUGAGGAAGAUGGCAGUACUGGUUUCAGGCUCCUUCCAGUAUUAGUAUUUCACGUCAUCCUUGCAUCAGAGAAGAUGUGCCAUGGAGAAGACCCUGCCCUGCCCCAAUCAAUAGUCCUGUAGGUGCUCUUGAAAAAAUUGGAAACACCAGACACGUUAGCCUCACUUUCGAGUGUGAUUUGAGGGGAUAACUUCAGAAAGAGGAAAGCUGCUAGCAGUUCUCCCUCUUCUUGCAGCCAAUUUUGGGAAGGCAGUAGGAAAACUCAACUUGUCAAAUGGAAAAGGCAAUUGGUCAUUCCACAAUCGGUGCCUCUCUAGGGAAAGAAGAGUUUUCUUGAUGCCUACAAUGUGAAAGCUGUACGUAGAGCCCUCCACCCGCACCCUCCUGUGGUUGGGCACAUGGCUGAGCAGCUUGUGUGCAUUAGCACCUUCUGACUCUGAUACUGCCAGGGCGUUGAAGAGGCCACCAUAGUUAAGGGAAGGUAUUUUUGCCUGGCAAGUGCUGCUGACUUGCACAGUCCGACUUUCAUGUGGAGGCAGAUGGCUUCUUCCCUUGUUUUUAGCCGAUGCUGCUGCCAGCAGGUCUGUAGCCCCUCUUAAAAAGAUGGAAGUAAUCAGGGCUUGGGGGAAGCGGAGAAUAUAAAUGAUUUUGUCGAAUAGGCACAAGGAACUGGAGUGCCUGGGAGAAUACCAAUAGAAAGGGGAGUUCAUGGCAUUCAUUCUGAGUGUGCAAAGCACUUUUGGAGUGUUCUUUGGGCUUCAAAACAUGAUGGCAUAGAGCGGAGCUCUUUCCCUCUCUACCAUAGGGUCUUACUUCAGAACAUCUGUCAGUAUUUUUAAAACACUAAUUCUAAAGUGAAGGUUUGGGCAAUCAUCCCACAGAGAUCAGCUUGUGUGGACUUUCUCUGCUGAGUGACAGCCCCUUAAAAAAAUAUAGGUCUGUUUCUCUAGUUUCACCAGGCUGAAACUGAUGGGUUUUCACAGAUGGCCAUCCCUUCCUUAAUCGUAAUGGUCUGUAAAAGUGAACUGUGUCUGCCCUAAUAUUGGGAGUUAGCUGAAAUGCUAGUUUUCAUCUGUGGUGAUGAGGCAAAAUCCCCGGAAUAAUCAUUGCUGAAUCCUAAAGGCGUGCUGUUGUGACUGUACUUUUCUCUUAGUUUGAUAGGAAGACUGUCAGGCUCUCCAAAACAGUCACAUUCUACAACCCCGACAUGGCCAACACAGAGGUAGUCAGUCAUCAUUGCCCCAAAGACAUCACUACUUUGUGCAAGGGUUCUGGAGCAGCUUAAGCUAAAACUUUCUGCACAUCUGGCAGGAAAAAUGGUUGGUUGCUGGUGCGAGCCAGAGGCUUGUGAUGUGCAUCCAUUUUUUGUGAAGUGCAGUUGAGCCACACUGCUGAGGCCUACGGGCUGUACCUGUUGGCUCCUCUCCAGAUAUGGGGGUAUUUUGAUGUAGGUUUUCCCAUCCAGACAUUUCUGAAUUAUAUGUGGCUGCAGUAUAUCUCCCCUUUGACUCAAAAACAAGCCUGUGGCUGCAUCUUUCUCUUCCUAAAAGAUUUCUCUGCAAAGAGGUUUAGUGGCUGGUUAUCUCAGCACGGCUGGUCUUUAUCUUGUGAAGAACUAGCUUAGAAGACACCAAUUGGGAGCAGUUCAUAAGUUGACUUCCUUUCCCUUUGUAAAUGAAAGGAGGCAGGAGGCACCCCACUCCGUGUUGUUGAUGGGCUGGGGGAUAGGAUUGAAUCUAUUGCCAAGCUCCUGAGUCUCCAGAAUCAGGGCAGGUCUGUUUGUGGGCAUGGGAGAGAGACAUAAUAAUAGUGGCAAAUGGGUUGGAAUGGAUUGUUCUUCUUAACUUGCAGCAGCUGCUUAGGCAUGAUCUUGUUAUGGUAAUGGCUAAUCCUCUCUAAAGGCCACAUGCUAGGUGAAUCUGCCCACAGAACUCUCCCAUGUUCUGGUGCUGAAGAUCUGAAAUGUAGAGAACAGCUGUGACCUGUCUUGGCUGAAAAACACUAAAUAGUGAAGGACAAAAUGUUUGGAAGGGGAGCAGGUGUAUGUUGCCAGGACUUGACUUUGCAAGAGCGUCAUAUCCAUACUUGCUGUGUCCUGUUGGAAACCAUUUGUUGUGUGAUCGGGCCUCCGUGGGCACACCGGCCAGCCAGGCUGACCACUGCCAACACCUUUGCUUUUCUGCUUCCACUCUCAUUCUUCCUCUUCACCCAUCUCCUCCUCAUAGGUUGCCCUGUCCUUACUACGGGACUCUGUCCAACUUCUACUUGGUAGCUGAGCCUUACCUGUCUAGUUCUGUGCUAGACACCUAAAGAUUGUAGCAUGCUUCUCCAUGCCAGGACCUGAUGACUGGCAGACCACAAACCUCCUUACAGUAUUCACUGUGGGUAAUUUAUUUAACUAGCGAAUGUAGAGUUUAAAAUAAUUUAAGAAGAUUACUAAUGGUUUGUUUGCAAGAUCGUAUGUCCUUUGUACUUGGCCUGAUUUUCACUAUUUGUGUUCCUGUUAAUUUUUUUUUUAUUUUAUUUUUUGGCUGUUUUUGUGGAGAGAGGGGUUCUCUGUUGGACCUUGGAAUCCAGCUGGAAGCUCCUGCAGACAUAGAGAUGAAAACAGCGAUGGGCUGUGGGUUUAGUCUCCGGGCACUAUUCUAUUGCAGGGAUGCCGCCUACGUCGCCACCACCCACAGGCUGGCCAGGGAGGCGUGGGGCAAGAAGAGUUAGCAAGGGGCAGUGGCUGCUCCAGCACAUCAGCUGGGGGCCCCCGUUCAUGGCUUCCGCUGCUCCCGUUCCAUCCAUGUGUCUUCCCCAUCUUUGUAAGCACUACGCAUAUACCUAAAUGGCUUUUAAAAUGAGGAAUGGUUUUAAUGUUGUUGGGAAUGAUUUAUUUUGUUCCUUUGUGGUCUGCGUUUGUUUGAAGUUUCUGUAUGUAAUGUAGUUUAAAAGAAAUAAUUGCCAAACCA